AUGGCUCGCACGCAGCUUGCUGUGGCGAUCGCCGUCGUGGCAGCGGUGGUGCUGCUGGCCGCAGCAGCGACGACCUCGGAGGCGGCCAUCACCUGCGGGCAGGUGAGCUCCGCCAUCUCGCCGUGCCUGUCCUACGCCCGCGGCCAGGGCUCCGCGCCCUCCGCGGGCUGCUGCAGCGGCGUCAGGAGCCUCAACAACGCCGCCCGCAGCACCGCCGACAAGCGCACCGCCUGCAACUGCCUCAAGAACGCCGCCCGGGGCAUCAGCGGCCUCAACGCCGGCAACGCCGCCAGCAUCCCCUCCAAGUGCGGCGUCAACGUCCCUUACACCAUCAGCACCUCCACCGACUGCUCCAGGGUGAGCUAA